GUGUCUUAUAACCAACACGCGUGCUGACCCACUGUGAAAUAAUCUGUUUUUUAAAGGAGCGACACGGAUAAAAUAGUUUUAAAGGCGUCCGGCUACCAUGGAAACCGAUGAUACGGAAUCUUUGAGUAGCGCCGGGUUGGAGGAAAACGACUUGGACGCCGGACAAAGUCCUCGACGUGAGUUAGUGCUUGCCAAUCAAGUGGUGAUCACAACGGCAUUGAUAUUACUAAUGACAGGGAUGGGAUGUACUAUGACGAUCAAAGACGUCUUGGGAAACCUACGAAAGCCAGUCUGUAUCUUCAUUGGUGCUGGAUGCCAGUUCAUUCUCAUGCCAUUCCUCGGAUGGUGUAUGGCUCAUUUAUUUGACCUUUCACCUGAAAUGGCUCUUGGCACUCUUUCAAUUGCUACUUGUCCCGGUGGUGCAUUUUCCAAUAUCCUCGCCUACUGGACACAUGGGGAUACUUGUCUCAGUGUGUGUAUGACCACGUGUUCUACUGUACUUGGUAUCGGCAUGAUGCCGUUGAAUUUAUUCAUUUACAGUCGUAGUUGGGCUGAAGCGGCAGCAAUCAUACCAUAUGUAGACAUCGCAAUAGCUUUGGUUAUCAUACUCUGUCCCUGUGCAUUUGGUAUGGUAAUAAAUUGGAAAUUUCCUAAUGUAGCAAACUGGAUAGCAAAGAUUUCCAGUGUAUUAUCGCUGCUGGGAAUUAUAUGUGUAAUUGGACUGAUUGCCGCCAUCAAUCCCUCCGUAUACCUUGAAAGUUGGCGUCCAUAUAUGGUCGCAAUUUCCUACCCGCUAGUUGCCUUCGGCUUGGGAUACAUAAUACCGUACUGUUUAAGGCAACCUACCACAAAGUGUCGUACAAUCGCCUUCGAAACGGGUGUGCAAAACACUGCACUAGCCAUGACAAUUAUUAAUCUUCUCUUUACAAAGGGUUUUAAUGUUUUAGACAUAAUGGUUAUACCUGCCCUUCACGGUACAACUACUGUCAUAGAAUUUGUGACAUUGAGCUUGGUAUACAGGUGGUAUGUUCUGCGUAAAAAUAAAGCUAAACUAGCCAAGGGAAAGGCGGCAGUCGAGAAGAAGAUACAAGACUGGGUCUGGUCACCAGACUCAGUCCCAGAUGACUUCUCCAAAUUUGUGUAUGAUAAUCCCGCUCUCAGGGAAAAUAGCGACUCGCGAACAAGUAGCCUCGACAGGGACGAUUUUUUGGAUGACACGUCAUGGCCAGCCAAUUAUUGGGACGGUCAAUCAGCCUGGGGUUCGUCACUCACAUCUGCCAAUGAACAAGAACCGUGGAAGAGCGCCAUCUGUUACGCCAACUCCGUCAGAAAGAGCAAAUCAUCAUACCAGCAAGAUCAAGGAAUACAGACAGGGAGAAAGGCAAAUAGGACAUUAGAAGAAGAAUCAGUAGUUACUAAUGGUAACCUAGGUUUAUCUGGGUGGCGAGGAGUGAUUAGUGGGAUACCGGAAGAAGACGAGGAGAGUUCCUGGGAUAGCGAUUCAGACGACAGUUGCCCCGUGCAACGAUUUCACUUCACAAUUGCCGCUGUUCCCCCAACAGAAACCGAACUUUAA